UCGACACAGGCAAAUCAUCGGUAAUUUAUUCUGUGGUGAACAUUGCAAUCCGGCUGCAGAAUGUAAAGCAAGAAUACCGAGUUACGAUCGUCUGCCUCUUCCAAUCUAUUGCAAUAUUUAAUCUCUUUAAUGAGAGUUCGCGCGGCUGCAAUUUCUCGAAGAGCCCCGGAGUGUGCAUUUAUGAAUGAGGACCAGCAUGUUGACCAGUAUCACCGAGGGUAUCCUCUGCUGCCUCACCGGACAGCCGCUGAAUGUGGUGGGAACCAUUGAGAGCGUGGAGUCCGCCGACGGCUACGAGUACGUGGAGGUGAAGCCGGGACGGGUGUUGCGGGUCAGACACAUCGUGCCCAACCGGACGGAGGAGCAGGCGGCAGAAGAGGAAGAAGAGCAGGACUCCGGUAGGGGUGUGGUCCACUGCCGGCGCAGAAUCUCUGUCUACCGUGGCGGACAGCUAGUCAUCGAAAACCUGGGUGACGUGGUGCGUUCUGACAUCUUGCCCUGCCUCGGUGGGGAUCCGCCCGCAACGCUGGAGGUGGAGGUACCGGAGCCCGGUGGCGCUGCCAUCCCUCCGCAGCCAGGUGCUGCACCCCCGGACCUGGGCAGCGCCAAGCGGAGGCGGCGCAAACCCAAGCGCACGGUGUUGAUCGACUGCAAGAAGCGCAUCACCAGCUGCAAGGGAACACACUCGGACGUGGCCCUCUUCUUCAUCCACGGUGUCGGUGGCUCCCUCGACAUCUGGCGGGAACAGCUGGACUUCUUCGGGCGGCUCGGCUACGAGGUGGUGGCGCCUGACCUGGCCGGUCACGGCUCCAGCACCGCACCCCGCGUGGGCGCUGCCUACACCUUCUACGCGCUGCGGGAAGACAUGCGGUCCAUCUUCAAACGGUACUGCAAACGGCGUAACGUCCUGAUCGGACAUUCUUAUGGUGUCUCCUUCUGCACCUUCCUGGCUCAUGAAUAUCCUGACCAAGUUGAAAAGGUGGUGAUGAUAAACGGGGGUGGUCCAACAGCCCUGGAGCCCAGUCUCUGCUCCAUCUUCAACCUGCCCACCUGUGUGCUACACUGCCUCUCGCCCUGCCUGGUCUGGAGCUUCCUCAAAGCUGCAUUUGCACGCCAGGGGGCAAAGGAGAAACAGCUGUUGAAGGAGGGGAACGCAUUCAAGAUUACCUCAUUUGUGCUGCGGGCAAUGAUGAGUGGUCAGUACUGGCCAGAGGGUGACGAGGUGUACCAUGCUGAGCUGACUGUGCCAGUACUGCUGGUACAUGGGCUACAUGACAAGUUCGUCCCAGUAGAUGAAGACCAACGUAUGGCUGAGAUCCUGUUAAUCGCCUUCCUGAAGGUCAUCGACGAGGGGAGCCACAUGGUGAUGAUGGAGUGUCCAGAGACAGUAAACACAUUACUUCAUGAGUUCCUGUUGUGGGAACCAGAGGUCAGUCCUGGCGAGAAAUUGCCGGCUGACACGACGGCAGAAAGCAACAAGUAAUGAAGGCCAAUGGUGCUAUCGUUCCACAGGAACUUUGGGGGAAAGGCGUGGUUCACAGCCUGUUUGGAGGAGCCGAGGAUUGGACAGCAGUAUGACACGCAGAGGCCAUGUGAAAUGUUGAGAGGAUCUGGCCUAUACAGGCCUCAGCGGUUUGGAGAAUUAACCCUGUACUAUGUAAAUUUCAAUAACUGGCAGCUAUUUGUGGUGGUUUAUCAUCAGUCGUGUAUUUUUUUAACAGAACAAAUCACCAGAUAGUUUGAAACUCGGUGAUUAGACAGCCGGGCUACACACAGUGCUAACCUGACAGAGUGACUUGAGAACUCCAGGACAAUUCUGAAGAAAAGACACAGGGGUCGUUAAACAAAUGGUGUAUUUUUUUAAAUGUGUUCACUUACUAUAAAAAAUGUGGCCAACAGGUGAAUAUUGAUUGAUUGAUAUUCAGGAAUCAGCCUUUCAUGCAACAGCUGGCUUCCGGUUGCUGUGAUGGGUCACUGGGAGGAUCGGUGUGGUAGGUGGGGAUUUGCUCAGAUCUGUAAUAUAUCCUCUGGAACACACAUGCCAAGAGCACAGGCCACGAUGAUGGCCAGUGUACUGCUGCUCUCCCAGUAAACACCGGCAUUUGUAGGUAACUACAACACAUUUGUAAUUAGCUGCAUGCCAGAUGAGGAAUUGGCAGAGGGGAAUAUCUUACAGGAGUUUGUGACCUUAUCUCGAGCCGAAGCCAGCUUCCUGUCAGGUCAUUUUAUCCACCGUGCUGCUUCAAUGUCAUUGGUUCUUCCGACCCAUCACCUGACUCAGGUGAAGGAUGCUUCAAUGUCAUUGGUUCUCUCGACCCAUCACCUGACUCAGGUGAAGGAUGCUUUCAUAUCAUUGGUUGUCAAGACCAGCACCUGCCCGAGGUGAGACUUCAGUGAGCAAGCAGUUGUCCAUCAGAGUGUAAUUUGUACUGAGCAUUAGUCUGGAUGAACCAGUAUUGGCCCUGCCUAGUUACCCCCUCCAGUACCUGACGAGAUGUGCU